AUGGUUUAUCGAGUGACACAAUUACGGAUUUCAUACUCUAAUCCUAUCGGCGAUCCAGAGCCCGACAGAGAAAUCGUACACAUGUGUUACUAUCGGUGGCCUGAUGGAUGUUUACCAAUACCAUGGCCUGUGACUACAGCAUCAUAUGCGGCCACAGCGCUGCGAAUUAUUGAUAUAGUCGAGAGGGAGCUGCCACAAUCCUCAUCUUCGUUGUUAGUCCAUUGUCACGCUGGACUCGGUCGCACUGGAGUUUUCAUCGCUCUCGACGUCGCUUUGAGACAAUUAUAUCAAAACAAUACAGUGAAUAUAAAGGGCGUGGUAGAGAAAAUUCGAGAAAAACGUGCACGAGCAGUGAUGAAUCCGUGGCAGUACGCUUACAUUAAUGUGGUAGUUGCUGAGAAGGCAUUACAAUGUGGCGCGUUGUCUUCAUGUGUAGGUGGCCAUAAUGUUCGACAGUUAAUUGAUCGAAUGUGGACGGAUUUGUUUGACGAAGUUCACCGUCAGUUUCAGGGAAACAUACUGACAUAUACCCCAGAAAUGAUGUAUUCGAGCUAA